AUGUCCGCUGGAUAUGAGUAUCCCCCUCAGGAGGUGUCCUGGCUACGGCGCGAUGUGCUUCUUUUCGCAAACAGUAUCGGCGUGCAAGCCGCUGACCUCCAUUUUCUAUAUGAGCUCCAUCCACAGUUCAUGGUGUUUCCGACGUAUCCAUUGAUAUUGCCGUUUAAACUCACCGAUCAAGAAGUGGUCGAGUUCUACGGUCGUAACGCUACGAGCACGAUCCCUGGAGCCCCCGAUUUGGACCUUCGUUAUGCUGUCGACGGACAGCGCGAGUUGACAAUUCACAAAACACUUCCGACAGCAAGCACAGGGUCGAAAUUCCAGCUUCAAAAUAAAGUUAUUGGACUUUACGAUAAAGGUUCGGCAGGCAGUGCUUUUGAUACAGAGCAAAAGGUUGUCGAUAGUGUGACCGGGGAAGUGUACACCACGACGCGAAGUGUGAGUUUCGUUCCGAAACAAGGAAAUUGGGGUGGCCCACGAGGCCCCACAAUGCCUCUGUACCCUGUGCCAGAUCGAAAGCCGGAUGCAACAUACGAAGUCCAGACCACGGAUAAUACCGUUUUUCUCUAUCGUCUCAAUGGCGAUUACAAUCCGCUGCACGCGGUUCCAGGUCCAGGACUCAAGAUGGGACUCGGUGGGGUCAUUAUCCAUGGUCUUUUCACGUAUAGCUCCACAUGCUACGGAGUUCUGAGUAAAUUUUGUGGUGGGGAUGCAGCUCGACUCAAAAGCUUCGGGGCCAGAUUCGCCUUUCCUGUUAAACCCGGGGACAAGUUGACCACGAGCAUGUGGUUGGUUGGGAUGGCCGGCGGCCUGGAGGAAGUCAGGUUCGUCACAAGAAACCAGGACGCGAAGGUUGUUCUGAGCAAUGGGAAGGCACUUUUCUAUCCCAGAAUUAGUUUGUCUAGUCUAUGA